AUGUCCUUCGUCAAGUACCUCCUGCCUGCCCUGGCAGCCACCAAGGUGGCGUUCGCCUCAUCUGACUGCGGUGAUACCACCCUCGAGACCCAGGUCGAUGCUGACGGAAUCGCCUCCUGCUCUACCAUCAGCGGUGACGUUACCAUCAAGGACACCUACUCUGGUACCCUCGCCCUGAACGGUAUCAAGAAGAUCACCGGUAGCUUGAAGGCCAACAAUGCCACUGGUGUCAGCUCUAUGACUGCCGACUCCCUGACCUCCAUUGGCUCCAACUUCACCCUGAACGAGCUUACCGGCCUCACCCAGCUCAGCUUCAGCCAGCUUAACUCCGUCGGUAACAUCUACUGGGAGGCUCUCCCCGAGCUGCAGUCCCUGGACUUCCCCAAGGGUAUUUCCGAGGCUGGUGACGUGAGCAUCAUCAACACCGGUCUGACCAACCUGAACGGUAUCAACCUGACCCAGGUCGGCGACUUCAACAUUGAGGACAACAAGCACCUCGAGUCCAUCAACAUCAACGAGCUCAAGAACUCCACUGGUGUCAUCAACUUCUCCGGAAACGACGACGGCCUCAACAUCGAGUUCCCUAACCUCUACAACGCCAAGGGCCUGACUUUCCGCAACGUCAGCAGUGUCAUGGCUCCUUCCCUCACCGUCGCCAAGAGCCAGCUCGGCUUCUGGGGUACCGGUCUCAAGAACUUCACUGCCAUGAACCUGACCCAGACCGGUGACUUGACCUUCAACGACAACCCCAACCUGAACAACAUCUCCAUGCCCAACCUGCAGACCGUCAACGGUGGUUUCAUCAUCAAGCUCAACGAGAAGCUUGACAGCAUUGACCUGCCCAAGCUUCAGACCGUUGGCGGCGCUAUCCAGUUCACCGGUACCUUCAACGAGCUUGAGUUCGGCUCCCUGAACCGUGUUUCCGGUGCUUUCAACGUCCAGUCCACCAAGGGCAACUUCAGCUGCAGCUCUUUCGAGUCCGAGUUCAAGCAGAAGGUCGAGGGCAAGUGGAAGUGUGACAGUACCAACCCCCAGGCCUCCACUGCCGCCGGUAGCACCACUGGCUCCGACGACAACAGCGGCAGCAGCGGCAAGAGCAGCUCCACCAGCUCCAGCGCCGCCAUGGCCAACGGUGUCUACCCUGCCACUGGCAUUGCCGCCGUUUUCUUCGCUCUGGCCCAGCUCUUCUAA